ACCAAACUAAAUCUACAAACCUCGACGGAGCUUCACUAUGCGGUUGUUAGUAAGCGUUCAAAGAACAAACACCUUGCCUGCAAACUAAAUCUACACAUACCUCGACGACCCACGGAUAUGUUAAAAGCUUUUCCUGUGCCUCCUCGCCUUCUCUCUAUGCCUUCUUUCACAAGAGUAUUUUUGAGCAAAACGAGCUCAGUGCCAUCGCAACUCAAAAUUCCGAAGUUCUUUUCCGUGGAAGGAAGUGAUAUACAUUCAAGAAGUAAACCAGAUGGUUUCAGAUUCAACCUUGUCUCAUAUAAUAUAUUGGCUCAGGCUUAUGUGAAGAGCUCUCUAUUCCCGCACUCUCCUUCCUCUUCACUGAAGUGGAAAGCUCGUUCAAAUGCAAUUUUAACGAUUCUCAAGAAUCUUGGAGCUGAUUUUUUCUGUCUACAGGAAGUUGAUGAGUAUGAUAGCUUUUACAAAGGAAGCAUGCUCAACAUAGGAUAUUCUAGUGUUUAUAUGAAGAGAAGUGGACAAAAACGUGAUGGGUGUGGGUUAUUUUACAAGCAAGAUCGUGCAGAGCUGGUCUUAGAGGAGAAAAUCGAAUACAAUGAUCUGGUAAAUUCAAUUCAAGAUGGGAACUCUUCAAAUGAUGGUGAGCACAACAAUGAUCAGUCAGAGAAACAAAAGGAUGCUGCACCAAGUACUGGACCUAAAAAAAAUGCAGAAGAUCGUGGAGAUCCUAAUGAUCCCUGUGUGAGACUAAAGCGUGAUUGUGUUGGUAUUUUGGCCGCAUUCAAAUUUAGAGAUCUUCCUGAUCAUGUUGUUAUUGUGGCUAAUACACAUCUUUACUGGGAUCCUGAAUGGGCUGAUGUCAAGCUUGCCCAAGCUAAAUAUCUUCUAUCUCGUUUAGCACAAUUCAAAACGCUGGUGUCAGAAAGAUUUGAAUGCGUACCUGAAGUCAUAGUGGCUGGUGACUUCAAUUCUACACCAGGAGAUAUGGUUUAUCAAUACCUUGUAUCUGGCUACCCUUCAUCAACACCGAUGCCUGAAUGCUCAGAAGACCUUUCCAUUCCCUUAUUAAGUGUCUAUGCCUGUACAAGAGGAGAGCCUUCAUUUACCAACUGCACUCCUGGGUUCACAGGAACAUUGGAUUAUAUACUAUUUAGCCCUUCUCACACUAUUAAACCAAUCAGUUUUCUUGAGCUUCCUGACUCCAGUGCCCCUGAUGUUGAUGGUGGACUGCCAAACUUCAGUCAUCCAAGUGAUCAUCUACCGAUUGGUGCUGAAUUUGAAAUUAUCAAGGGAUAAACAGUCUUAUGAGAAGUUAUAUUUGAUUUCCCUGGAAAAUUGUGCUCCUUUUCCUUCAAGGCUGCAAGAGUAAGUGAAUGAUGGAAGUUAGCAUGAAAACCACACAGUAAGCUAAUUCUAUAACGAGGAAUUGCUGGGCUUAGCGGGGAGAAUGAGGUUAUACAGUUUCAACGAGUUUGUUAUUCCUGAUUUUUUGAGUUUGUAUCAAUUUAGAGGAACAUUGUGUUGUGUCCUAUUUAUUUUAGGGAAAGAAAAUGCUUUUUAGAUUUAUACAUUUGUGUUUAUUCAUUUCUGAAAAAUAAGUGAUCUGCUAACUUUCUCUAUAAAAGUGAACAAACUUUGCAAA